GGGAGCAGCUUCAGUAGGCGCAGGGACGGCGGUGCGAGCCGUGGCGGGGCGAGUUGUGGCAGUAGCAUCCUCAUCACCAUCAGCAGCCUUAGUCGUGGCGUCGGUGGCGCCAGCAGUGGCUGUUUUUGCAAAGGCUGAGCGCAGGGGUGGGGCGGGCCAGGAAACCAUGGAGUUCUGUGCAGCCGCGGGCUCCCGGGGAGCGGACUAGGGAAACUUGGAGGCUGCGACCAGGGUUUGGCGUUGUUGUCAGCCUCGGGGAGAGAGAUUGGACAAAUAUUCUCCAAGAGGAAGAGGGCGACGCCAAGGACUUUCCACAUCAACUGCUUUUGGGGUUUCUCCUCAAGUUGGAAGAGAGACCCUUUUCGUUUGGCUUUGCGUGUCCUGUGCUUAUUUCCAGUGCAGCUACUGCUGCCUCGGGGUGACUCCGAGUUGUCCUUCCUCGUGAMCUAGCAAUGGCUAGUGAAGACAAUCGUGGCCCUUCCCCGCCACCAACAGGUGAUGACGGGGGAGGUGGAGGGAAAGAAGAAACCCCUGCGGAAGGGGGUGCAUUGUCUCUGAAGCCAGGGCUCCCCAUCAGGGGCAUCAGAAUGAAAUUUGCCGUGUUGACGGGAUUGGUUGAAGUUGGAGAAGUAUCCAAUAGGGAUAUCGUAGAAACUGUCUUUAACCUGCUGGUAGGAGGACAGUUUGAUUUGGAGAUGAAUUUCAUUAUUCAAGAAGGUGAGAGUAUUAUCUGUAUGGUGGACCUACUGGAAAAAUGUGACAUUACUUGCCAAGCAGAAGUCUGGAGCAUGUUCACAGCCAUUUUGAAGAAGAGUAUACGAAAUCUUCAAGUCUGCACGGAAGUAGGCCUUGUUGAAAAAGUGCUUGGGAAAAUUGAAAAAGUUGAUAAUAUGAUUGCAGAUCUUUUAGUUGACAUGUUGGGAGUGCUAGCUAGCUAUAAUUUGACGGUUCGAGAACUAAAGCUUUUCUUCAGUAAACUUCAAGGAGAUAAAGGACAAUGGCCUCCACAUGCUGGAAAGUUGCUGUCUGUGUUAAAGCAUAUGCCUCAGAAGUAUGGUCCUGAUGCCUUUUUCAACUUUCCAGGAAAGAGUGCUGCAGCUAUUGCAUUACCUCCUAUAGCCAAGUGGCCAUACCAGAAUGGUUUUACAUUUCAUACCUGGCUUAGAAUGGAUCCUGUAAAUAAUAUCAAUGUUGAUAAGGAUAAACCGUAUUUGUAUUGUUUCAGAACCAGUAAAGGUCUUGGAUAUUCUGCUCAUUUUGUUGGAGGCUGUUUGAUUAUAACAUCAAUAAAGUCAAAAGGAAAAGGCUUUCAACACUGUGUGAAAUUUGAUUUCAAGCCACAAAAGUGGUAUAUGGUAACUAUAGUGCACAUUUAUAAUCGGUGGAAGAACAGUGAGCUUCGAUGUUAUGUGAAUGGUGAGCUUGCUUCCUAUGGAGAGAUAACAUGGCUUGUCAACACCAGUGAUACAUUUGACAAAUGUUUCCUGGGCUCGUCAGAAACAGCAGAUGCUAACAGAGUCUUCUGUGGUCAGAUGACUGCAGUUUACCUUUUCAGUGAUGCUCUUAAUGCAGCUCAGAUUUUUGCUAUUUAUCAGUUAGGCCUGGGAUACAAGGGUACAUUUAAAUUUAAAGCAGAAAGUGAUCUUUUCCUUGCUGAACAUCACAAACUCUUACUGUAUGAUGGCAAACUCUCCAGUGCCAUUGCCUUCACAUACAACCCGCGGGCUACCGAUGCCCAGCUUUGCCUCGAAUCUUCUCCCAAGGACAACCCUUCGAUUUUUGUUCAUUCCCCACAUGCACUUAUGCUCCAGGAUGUGAAGGCAGUUUUAACACAUUCCAUUCAAAGUGCUAUGCAUUCAAUUGGAGGAGUACAAGUGCUAUUUCCACUUUUUGCACAGUUGGAUUAUAGGCAAUAUUUAUCUGAUGAAGUCGACUUGACAAUCUGUUCAACCCUGUUGGCUUUUAUAAUGGAGCUGUUGAAGAACUCAAUUGCUAUGCAGGAGCAGAUGCUUGCCUGUAAAGGCUUCUUGGUAAUAGGAUAUAGUCUUGAAAAGUCUUCCAAAUCCCAUGUCAGCAGAGCAGUACUUGAACUUUGCCUUGCAUUUUCAAAAUAUUUGAGCAAUCUUCAGAAUGGGAUGCCCUUACUGAAGCAAUUGUGUGAUCACAUUCUUCUUAACCCUGCCAUAUGGAUUCAUACCCCAGCCAAGGUUCAACUGAUGCUCUAUACUUAUUUGUCCACUGAAUUCAUUGGUACAGUCAACAUAUAUAAUACGAUUCGCAGAGUUGGUACAGUGCUUCUCAUCAUGCACACACUGAAGUACUACUAUUGGGCAGUGAAUCCCCAAGACCGAAGUGGUAUCACCCCCAAAGGAUUAGAUGGACCACGACCUAAUCAAAAAGAAAUACUUUCUCUACGAGCAUUCUUGUUGAUGUUCAUUAAGCAAUUAGUCAUGAAGGAUUCUGGAGUGAAAGAAGAUGAACUGCAGGCCAUCCUUAAUUACCUACUGACAAUGCAUGAGGAUGACAAUCUAAUGGAUGUCCUACAGCUGCUUGUUGCAUUAAUGUCAGAGCAUCCUAACUCUAUGAUUCCUGCUUUUGACCAAAGGAAUGGGUUACGUGUUAUUUACAAACUUCUGGCAUCAAAAAGUGAAGGGAUACGAGUACAAGCUCUCAAGGCAAUGGGCUAUUUUUUAAAACAUCUGGCCCCAAAGAGAAAAGCAGAAGUCAUGCUUGGGCAUGGAUUGUUUUCAUUGCUAGCUGAGAGACUCAUGCUUCAGACAAAUCUAAUAACAAUGACCACAUAUAAUGUUCUUUUUGAGAUUCUUAUUGAACAGAUUUGUACUCAGGUGAUACAUAAACAGCAUCCAGAUCCUGAUUCUUCAGUAAAGAUUCAAAAUCCUCAGAUACUAAAAGUAAUUGCGACCCUACUUCGAAAUUCUCCCCAGUGCCAAGAGAGCAUGGAGGUUCGCCGAGCCUUUCUUUCUGACAUGAUUAAACUUUUUAAUAACAGUAGAGAAAACAGGAGGAGCUUGCUACAGUGUUCUGUGUGGCAAGAGUGGAUGCUUUCUCUCUGCUAUUUUAAUCCCAAGAAUUCAGAUGAGCAAAAGAUAACAGAAAUGGUAUAUGCCAUAUUCAGAAUCCUACUUUACCAUGCAGUCAAAUAUGAGUGGGGUGGCUGGCGUGUGUGGGUAGACACCUUAUCAAUCACACAUUCAAAGGUCACUUUUGAAAUACACAAAGAAAACCUUGCCAGUAUAUUUAGGGAACAGCAAGGAAAAGUUGAUGAAGAAAUAGAGCCAUGUUCCUCAAGUUCAGUCCAAGCCAUCACUGGCAUUAGCAGAGAUGUGGAUAUUUCAUUGGGAUCUCAGCAGUCAGACAUGAGGGAUUCUCCUCUCUCUCCUCAUUUCACCACAAAUAGUGCUGAAAACUCAAGUAUUGAGAAGACAAGUUCAGUAGACUCUGCAUCCAACAUUGAACUGCAAAUGCAAAAUAUAUCUAAUGAAGACAGGAAAACUGAGCAAGAAAAUCAGGAGUUACUGGCUGAAGUCACUUUGGAAGAAAUAGCAAUAAAUGAGACAAAGAAUGCAGGUGAUUUAGAAGCAUCUUCUGACAUAGCAGAAUCUGUGACUAUUUUCUCUAAUUCUUUUAAAACAGUUGACAAAGACACAACCAUCAUCAGUGAAAUAACUGCUUCUCUAAGUUCCCCCUCAGAAGAGGAUGCUUCAGAGAUGCCAGAGUUACUGGAAAAAUCUAUAGCAGAGGAAGAGGAAGAUGAUGAUUAUGUGGAACUGAAGGUAGAAGGUAGUCCCACUGAGGAAGCCAGUCUGCACACAGAUCUUCAAGAUAAUAGUUUGUCUCCAGUUGCUUCUGAGGCCAGUGAAAGACUGGACACGCUUAGUAAUGACUGCAAAUCAAUAUUUAAAGAGGAAGAACCUGUUACUAAAAAGCAAAGUGAUAAUGAAGCUCAAGAUUCUAAAGAUUCUGGGUUCUUGGCUAUGCCAGCAUCAGGGUCUUCUGCUACCUCACCAGAGAUCACUGUUUCCCAAACAACUGUACAAUCAGACGUUGAACAGAUGCUGGAGAAAGGGCAGAAAACAGCUGACCUUGCUGGAGAAACUAUAUCAACUAGUGAUUGUCAUGGUAAUAUCUUCGAGGCUCCUGCUACUUCUGAGCAAAAGAUUGCCAAGUUGGAUGUUUCUACUGUUGCUACAGAUACCGAGAGACUGGAAUUAAAAGCCAGUUUGAACACAGAACCACCUCAACCUCAGCGCCAUGUGCUUGAGAUGUCAAGGCAACAGGAACAGCCAGGACAAGGAACAGCCCCAGAUGUGGUUGAUGGACAAAGGAGAGAUUCCAGAUCUGCUCUAUUUCGUAUUCCUGAGUUCAAGUGGUCUCAAAUGCAUCAGCGUUUGCUCACUGAUCUCUUAUUUUCCAUAGAAACAGAUAUACAGAUGUGGAGAAGCCAUUCAACAAAGACAGUUAUGGACUUCGUGAAUAGCAGUGAUAAUGUCAUCUUUGUACACAACACAAUUCAUCUCGUCUCUCAAGUGAUGGACAAUAUGGUUAUGGCUUGUGGGGGUAUACUGCCAUUGCUUUCAGCUGCUACAUCGGCUACACAUGAACUGGAGAAUAUUGAACCUACUCAAGGCCUUUCCAUAGAAGCCUCUGUGACAUUUUUGCAGAGGCUAAUUAGCCUUGUGGAUGUACUUAUAUUUGCAAGUUCUCUUGGCUUCACUGAAAUUGAAGCUGAAAAAAAUAUGUCAUCUGGAGGUAUUUUGCGGCAGUGUCUCCGACUAGUGUGUGCAGUGGCAGUAAGGAAUUGCUUAGAAUGUCAACAACAUUCACAGCUGAAAGUCAGGGGAGAUACAGGGAAAGGACUGAAAACAACCUCAAGCAUUGUUCUCUUGGGGAAAUCUGCAGCAAAGAGUCCAGUGGACAUUGUGACUGGUGGUAUAUCUCCAGUAAGAGAUCUUGACAGGCUCCUGCAAGACAUGGAUAUUAAUCGACUCAGGGCAGUUGUUUUCAGAGACAUAGAGGAUAGCAAACAAGCUCAAUUCUUAGCUCUGGCUGUUGUAUAUUUUAUCUCUGUCCUUAUGGUCUCAAAGUAUAGAGACAUUUUGGAACCCCAAAAUGAAAGGUGUAACCAGUCAUUUAAGGAAACUGGUAGUGAAAAUGGGAAUUCGUCACUCCCUGAUAUAGAAAACACACCUGCAGCACUUAGCCCUUUAACUCCAUCGUCGGUUGAAGAAUCAGUGGAAAGCACAUCAUCUACUCGAAGGAGAGACUCAGGCAUUGGGGAGGAAACAGCUGCUGGUUUAGGAAGCAAUGUGUAUGUAACUCCUUCAACAGCACCUCUGGGUGUUAGUGCAGGCCCAGAUGCAAUCAGCGAGGUGCUAUGCACUCUUUCAUUAGAAGUCAAUAAAUCUCAAGACACCAAAAAUGAUGGAGGAAAUGAAUUGGAUAACAAAGUGACACCCUCAGUUCCUAUUUCAAAAAAUGUCAAUGUGAAGGACAUUCUUCGAAGCUUGGUUAACAUACCAGCAGAUGGAGUCACAGUGGAUCCUGCCCUUCUGCCACCAGCCUGCCUUGGUGCUCUUGGUGAUCUGUCUGUUGAACAACCUGUGCAGUUCAGAUCUUUUGACAGAAGUGUCAUCAUCGCAACAAAAAAAUCAGCAGCCUUGCCUUCCACACUUACUCCAAAUCUAUCUGCCCAUGCUGUCAGUGUGGUUUCUUCAGUAGAUUCAGCUCAAGCUUCAGAUGUGGGAGGAGAGUCUCCAGGCAGUAGAUCAUCAAAUGCAAAAUUGCCCUCAGUUCCAACAGUUGGUUCAGUUCCACAAGACCCUGUUUCAAAUAUGAGUAUUACAGAGAGACUGGAACAUGCUUUAGAAAAGGCAGCUCCUCUUCUACGAGAGAUUUUUGUGGAUUUUGCACCUUUUCUUUCUCGGACACUUUUGGGUAGCCAUGGACAAGAGCUGCUUAUAGAAGGAACAAGUCUGGUUUGCAUGAAGUCUAGUAGUUCAGUUGUGGAGUUGGUUAUGCUACUGUGUUCUCAGGAGUGGCAGAAUUCUAUUCAGAAGAAUGCAGGUCUUGCUUUUAUUGAACUUGUCAAUGAAGGAAGGUUGCUUAGCCAAACAAUGAAGGAUCAUCUAGUAAGAGUAGCAAAUGAAGCGGAAUUUAUCCUGAGCAGGCAGAGAGCAGAGGAUAUUCACAGACAUGCGGAAUUUGAGUCACUUUGUGCGCAGUAUUCUGCAGACAAACGAGAAGAAGAGAAAAUGUGUGAUCAUUUGAUAAGAGCAGCUAAAUAUCGAGACCAUGUGACAGCAACUCAACUAAUCCAGAAAAUCAUCAACAUUCUCACAGACAAGCAUGGAGCCUGGGGAAAUUCUGCAGUGAGUCGUCCUCGUGAGUUCUGGCGCCUUGACUACUGGGAAGAUGACUUGCGGCGCCGGCGACGAUUUGUGCGUAACCCUCUAGGAUCCACACAUCCUGAAGCGACGCUAAAAACAGCCGUGGAACAUGCUGCAGAUGAAGAUAUCCUUGCUAAAGGAAAACAGUCCAUCAAGAGUCAGGCUUUAGGAAAUCAGAACUCAGAAAACGAGGUCCUCCUGGAAGGUGACGACGAUACUCUAUCAUCCGUGGAUGAGAAAGAUUUAGAGAAUCUUGCCGGUCCYGUUAGCCUGAGCACACCAGCUCAGCUUGUGGCCCCCUCUGUUGUAGUAAAGGGCACUCUUUCUGUCACCUCCUCUGAACUCUAUUUUGAGGUGGAUGAAGAGGAUCCCAACUUCAAGAAAAUUGACCCCAAGAUCCUGGCAUAUACUGAAGGGCUGCAUGGAAAAUGGCUGUUCACAGAGAUACGAUCCAUCUUUUCUCGUCGUUAUCUUUUGCAAAAUACAGCCCUGGAGAUCUUUAUGGCAAACAGAGUUGCUGUAAUGUUCAACUUCCCAGACCCUGCAACAGUAAAGAAAGUGGUUAACUAUCUACCUCGUGUUGGUAUUGGAACCAGUUUUGGAUUACCUCAAACCAGGCGUAUUUCAUUAGCAAGUCCACGUCAGCUUUUUAAAGCUUCUAAUAUGACCCAGCGAUGGCAACACCGAGAGAUUUCAAAUUUUGAGUACUUGAUGUUUCUCAACACAAUAGCAGGACGAGGUUAUAAUGACUUAAAUCAGUAUCCUGUAUUUCCCUGGGUCAUCACUAAUUAUGAAUCAGAAGAACUAGAUCUUACCUUGCCAAGCAACUUCAGAGAUUUGUCCAAGCCAAUAGGAGCUUUGAAUCCAAAAAGAGCAGCAUUCUUUGCAGAACGUUUUGAAUCAUGGGAAGAUGAUCAAGUUCCAAAGUUUCAUUAUGGUACUCAUUACUCAACUGCAAGUUUCGUUCUUGCAUGGCUGCUAAGAAUAGAACCCUUUACAACUUAUUUCCUAAAUUUGCAAGGAGGAAAAUUUGACCAUGCAGAUAGAACUUUUUCAUCAGUUUCCAGAGCAUGGCGAAAUAGUCAGCGUGAUACAUCUGAUAUUAAGGAGUUGAUUCCUGAAUUUUAUUAUCUCCCUGAGAUGUUUGUCAACUUCAAUAAUUAUAAUCUUGGAGUGAUGGAUGAUGGGACAGUAGUGUCUGAUGUCGAACUUCCGCCUUGGGCCAAAACCUCAGAAGAGUUUGUUCGCAUAAACAGAUUGGCCCUGGAAAGUGAAUUUGUUUCUUGCCAGCUUCACCAAUGGAUUGAUCUCAUUUUUGGCUAUAAGCAGCAAGGACCAGAAGCUGUGCGAGCCCUCAAUGUGUUCUAUUACCUGACCUAUGAGGGAGCUGUCAACCUGAAUUCAAUCACUGAUCCCGUGUUGAGAGAGGCUGUCGAAGCUCAAAUCCGAAGUUUUGGACAGACGCCUUCUCAACUUCUCAUAGAGCCCCAUCCUCCCAGAGGUUCUGCCAUGCAAGCGUAUCUCCUCCUGCAGAGUCCAUUGAUGUUCACAGACCAAGCCCAGCAGGAUGUCAUCAUGGUCCUCAAGUUCCCCUCUAACUCCCCUGUCACCCACGUGGCAGCCAACACCCAGCCUGGCUGGGCUGCUCCUGCUGUGAUCACGGUCACUGCUAAUAGACUCUUUGCUGUGAACAAGUGGCACAACCUUCCUGCUCAUCAAGGUGCUGUACAAGACCAGCCAUACCAGCUGCCAGUGGAAAUCGAUCCUCUCAUAGCCAGCAAUACAGGAAUGCACAGGAGGCAAAUCACUGACCUUUUAGACCAAACUAUUCAAGUCCACUCCCAGUGCUUUGUCAUCACUUCAGACAACCGCUAUAUUCUCGUCUGUGGCUUCUGGGAUAAGAGUUUCCGAGUCUACUCUACAGACACAGGAAAAUUGAUCCAAGUGGUGUUUGGCCAUUGGGAUGUCGUCACUUGCCUCACUCGUUCUGAGUCAUAUAUUGGGGGAAAUUGCUACAUUCUCUCAGGGUCACGUGAUGCUACGCUUCUGCUGUGGUACUGGAAUGGAAAAAGCAGUGGAAUUGGAGAUAACCCAGGUGGUGAGACUACCACCCCUCGGGCCAUUCUGACAGGCCAUGAUUGUGAGAUCACCUGUGCUGCCAUCUGUGCCGAGCUGGGCCUGGUGUUGAGUGGCUCUCAAGAAGGACCAUGUCUCAUACAUUCCAUGAAUGGAGACUUGUUAAGGACCUUAGAGGGUCCGGAAAACUGCCUGAAACCAAAACUCAUCCAGGCUUCACGAGAGGGUCACUGUGUCAUCUUCUAUGAAAACGGCUGCUUCUGCACCUUCACUGUGAAUGGGAAGCUCCAGGCCACUGUGGAAACGGAUGAUCACAUCAGGGCCAUCCAGCUGAGCCGGGACGGGCAGUACCUGCUCACAGGAGGAGACAACGGUGUGGUCAUGGUCUGGCAGGUGUCUGACCUCAAGCAACUCUUUGCCUACCCAGGCUGUGAUGCUGGAAUCCGGGCCAUGGCACUAUCUCAUGACCAGAGGUGCAUCAUUUCUGGCAUGGCUUCGGGAAGCAUUGUGCUGUUUUACAACGACUUUAACCGGUGGCAUCAUGAAUACCAAACCCGCUACUGAUGGUGACGGCACUCGGCUGCCACCAGCCUGAGCAGUGGAGAGACCCUGAGCAUCGUUCUCUAAGAAAUAGCUAUCACAUCUGAAUGUAACUUAAAUUUGCUUGAACAAGCAAAAUAUUUUUUAAAGUUAAUUGCUAUUUUUGUAGACUUUGCUUGACUUUUUUGGGGGGGAACAGCAAAGCAGAAAACUGGCUGCUGGGUUCUGUAGUUUUAAAAAAAAUCUAUAUUUUUAGUCAUAAUGAGAAGUCUAUUUUCACCAAUUAUGGAAAUGCACAGUGGAACAAAUAAGCCCACUUACUCUAGCUAUAUUAUGAAAAAAAACGUUUCCCAUUUACCUGUAAUCUUGAGAAAUAUGAUUUUAGCAACAGGGAAACGGGUUAUAAUAAUGGAAUGGGAGGAUUUUAUGGUGUACUUUUGGUCCUGAAUUUUUCCAAACAAUUGUGCUUCUUCAGUGCUGAAAUUUCUGGGAUUUAAAUAGUAAUGUUUAAAUUAUGGUAAAUGUAAUUCAAGACAUCUCAAUGAAUUAUUUCUAUAAUAUUAUUCUUCAAGCAUGUUUUAGUCUAGAAAAUUAUGGUGUGGGGGAGGCUGUUGUAUUUUAUUGUGUGGUAAGCAAAGGAUCUAAGUUAUAGCAAGUGUGAAAUAUUUACCGUUUUUUCCUGACCUGUUGUCCUCAUAGCACAACAAGAUGAAGUGAUGGAGAUGCUCUUGGGCUCACAGCCUUUGUUUUUCUUUGAAAGUAAAUGCAAGUACCAAAGCUCAAGAGGCCUGCCUGUGUCCCUGUGGAGAGCAGGGCCACUGGGGUCUGAGUGCAGAGGCCACCAGCUGCUGUCUUAAGCAACACCGUCCUACCUUCUCUUUGUUAUUAAACUCUCUACCUUCCUUUUGAUUAGCGAUUUGUACUAAGAAAUAAUGUUAUUUUGGUGUUGUAUAAUUCUACUUUUCUAGUAGGUUACUGUAUGGAAUCUGUGAAAAAUAUUUGAGAAAAGGUCUGUAUUACAUAAAUAAAUUCUUUGUAUGUUGUGAACUUUGAGUUGAAA